UCCCACGACAUGCUACUAUAAAUGUUGCUCAAUCUCAGCCACACUUAUCACAACUUCAUUUGCAAAUUGUCACACCAAAAAAUUCUUGCUUAGCUCUCACAAACAAUCUUUAACAACAAUGAAGAAAGUAGUAUUAAAGGUGGACUUAAAUAAUGAUAGAAUCAAGAAAAAAGCUAUGAAGACAGCAUCUGGCCUUUCAGGGGUUGAAUCGAUUUCUGUUGACGUUAAGGACAUGAAACUAGUCUUAUUGGGUGAGAUUGAUCCAGUGAGUGCAGUGUCAAAGCUACGAAAGUGGUGUCACACUGAACUAAUUUCAUUUGGACCAGCAAAAGAGGAGAAGGAGAAGGACCCCGCUAUUCCUCUCUACGAAGCCUAUCCCCUUUAUUAUCACAUGACACCAACAUUGUAUGGUUCAAAUUACUAGGUUAGAGGUUUUGAAGAGAGUCUUAGGGCUGCGUGAUCAUCUGCUAAAUUCUAGAAUAUUAGAAAGUUUGAUAAAAAAAAGACUUCAUAGUCAUUUUUGUUGGUUUUAGUUAUAUUUUUCAUUAUCUAGUUGAAGACCAUUGUGUGCCCAAUUAAGGGAGUAAACAUGCUUCUUGUAUAUAUAGACAAACGUACUUGGUGUAUUUGUUUUAGCAUCUUGAUUUAGGCUUUUUUUGUAUUAAGGAGACUUUUAUUUUUUUCUA